AUGUCAAAAUCAAAACCUAAGACUGUUGAGAAAGAGGUUUCUGCGAAAAACGUUCCUAAUAAGUCUAGGAAAAGAGGUUCAAAUAAAGAUACAAAAGAAGUUCCUGAGAAGUCUAUAGUGAAAUCUACAUGUGGUAGUACUGAAAAUCCAAUAGAGAAUGUUGCUAAGGUGGUUCCUGAUCAAGAGAAUAUUAGAUCUUUGAAUGAUAAAGAGCCAUCUUCUAAAGCUCCAACACUAUUACGAACAAUUGAAACAUAUCGAGACAAUGAAGCCACAAAAGAUGAUUUAUUUAAUAAUGAUGAUGAGACUUUUUGUGUUUCACCGAGGAAGGAUACCACUGUCGAAUCAAAUUUUGAGGAGACAAGUAUUCUUGAUGUUAAUGUGAACGUAUCUGAUAUAGACACAAAUAUCAAUUUCGGUGAACAAAUUAUUACUUCACUCCCUGAGCAGACACAAGUCACACCAACCGAGAUUCCUAUUGCCGAGUCCAACAUGGAGGAGGGUAUAAUUUCAAACAUCACUAAGAACAUAUCUAAUAUGAACUCAGAUGUUAACAUAGGUGAUGGGAGUUCGAUCUCCAUAACUGAAACUACACCAAUUCCACCACCAACUUCAACAAUCAUUCCUACCUCAGUUCUUGUGGUGUCACCAACUUUUCAAAGUGUGAUGAAUGAAACUGUUGCAUCUUUAUUCUCUUUGAAAUCCACUGAUCCAGAGGAAACAUUUAAUGAAGAAGAAGAUGAUGGUGACAAAAUGGUUGGAUUUGCGUAA